AUGCUGCUCCCACACAGGCAGUCUUUGGCUAGGCGUCCCAAGUGGAGAUCCACGCCACUAAAUGCAUCGACAUCAGCCGCCCUUGCAUUCCUACUCGGUUCAGCCUUGGUCUCAGCGUCUGCGCCUUACUCGCCGCCAUCAUCAUCGACACCCAGCUCAACAGAACGCCGCACUUCCGCUCGCAUCGAUGCAAUCGAGGAUGGGCCUUCUUGGCAAGUGAGCCAGCAGCGCAAGAAUGAGGCUGCAGAAGUCAAGUCCGACACUUUAAAUCGUCGCAAGCAUGUCACAUUCCAGUAUUCAGAUCAGCAGUCGCAAGGCGCCUCUGCGCCAAACUUCGCGCAACCAGUAGAUGACGCCGAUUCUGAGACUUUUGCAUCCAUCUUACCCACCAUCCUGCGCCACGAGAAGCCCCUCUACGCAGACGAUGACAUGAUCCUGCAUCCAGAUGCCUCCGCAGCCUCCGCAACCUCCGCAGCCUCCUUGCCUCGAUCCGGCAGCACUCAUUCCGAUUUGUUGUCCGAAGCUCACCAGUACGACACACAACAGCCAGCAAGCCGACCAUCAGUCUAUAACGAGGACCUUGUUGGCAAGCAGACAGGGAGCGGCUACGUCUUUGUCCGCCGCACUGAUCCAUCAUAUAUUUCGGGUGCGGGUGCAGCUUUGGUUACUCUAUUCUCGCGGCGCGAUUCACCCGUCAGCCGUCCGCCGCUGGUUCCCAACUCAAACUCGAGACUCCUCAUCGCACUUGUGAUCGUCUGUAUCCUCGCAGUCGGUGUUCUGACACUUGCUGCGCAGGAGAUGUACAAGCGGCUGCAAAGUGUCGGUCAACCUCGCUCGCCGCUGCGAAGGAGAUCCGGCGAGGGCCGAUCGACACGCACACUUUACCGCAGCGAUUCGAGCUACACAUCGAUACCAGCCAGUGUGCUGUCAGCACCGACAUUGGAGGAGGAAGAGGAGCGCAUCAAGACUCCGCCAACACUUUCGCGGCGCAGCAGCGCCGCUGCUUCAUCAUCGGUACCCUCACCACUGAAUGAGAACGGUCCUAAUUCGGACGACGAGGAGCUAGAGCGCAAGACUCAAACCGACUUGCAUUAUCUUUCUCUACCGUUUGGCAUCGGCAUCGGCUACAGUUAUGCAAAUAUUGCCGACGGUCGGGACGCAAAGACCAGACUAUCAAAAUUGGCCGCCAAGAGGUCACGCAGCCGCCUCGGCUCCACUCUGGCACUAUCAACGGGCACGUUGCCGAUUCCUGGGCUCAGUGCUGCUGCGAAUGGUGGCGACGGGUUGAGAUCACGAUCCAGGUCGUUCAAGGAGCUGUGCCGUGACGCAUUCAGCAGUGCCACUACGACACGCGACAUUGGUGCAAUUAUGGAAGAAGAGGGCGGCAGUGAUAUGACAGGCGUCUCGACACCUCGGUGGGGCUCGUCGAGUCUUGCAUCGCUUGACCUGUCGAGCUCGGGAGGCAGCGGUACAGUCACGCCCACAGGACCGGGAGGCAGCGGCACACUUUCGACUUCAACCGGGAGCAUGACAUUGGAGUCUUUGGCAUCCCAUGGACUACAUGCAAAGGGACGAUAUUUCGGUGUUGAUAGUGCGCCAGCAACGGGUCACACACUGGUUGACCUUGGUCAGGGAACCCCCGAGUUGGCUGUAUCGGAUCCGGAUGGUAUCACUCGGCCCGCAUCGACGCCAGGUGUGAUGCCAAGUCAGGUGGCACGCCAUCCGCUAGUGGAACAACUGCGUCGAGAGGGAAGAUCCGAUACAAGCAAGAGGGUGGGCAAGGGCACUCCCACCAAUGCCAAGGCUUUCUAG